AUUCAUUCUCUCUCUCUCUCUCUCUCUCUCUCUCUCUCUCUCUCUCUCUCCCUCUCUCUCUCCCUCCCUCUCUCCCUCCCUCCUCUGUCUCUGUCUCUGUCUCUGUCUCUAUGUCUCUCGCUGUGUAUGUUCAUAUGUGGCAUACAUUUGUGUGGCAAUCAGAGGUCAAUGUCAGGUGUCCUCCUUGAUUGCUCUUAAGAUAAUCUUGAAAUCUGGAGCUGGCCAAUGCAGUUAUACUGACUGGCUAUGGAGCCCAGAAUCCUCCUGUCUCUGCCUUUCCAGUGCAGGGAUUACAGGCACAUGCUGCAGAGCCCAGCUUUUUAAGAUACAGAACAAGCACUUAUGGACAGAACCAGCCCUCCAGCUCUCUCACUAUUUCCUUGAAGAAGUUGCCAAGAUCCCCUUUAGAACUGCUGGAAUCACCUGUGAGCAUUUAUCUAAGUCUUGGAGAUUGAGCCCAAGAUCUUAUAUACUAGAAAGCACUCCCACAAACACCUUGAGACAGGAUUUCUAUGUGUAACCCUGGCUGUUCCAGAACUCACUCUGUAGACCAGGCCAGCCUCAAACUCGGAAAUCUGCUUGACUCUGAUUCCUGAGUGCUGGGAUUAAAGGUAUGUACUACCAUACCCAGCUAAUUUUUUUUAAAUUUCUGUAUGCUGUGUGCCUGUGUAGGAGAAAUGUGUGCCUAAGUUGCCCUUUGAGGCCAGAAGAGGACAUCAGAUCCCCUGGAGCUGGAGUUCCGGUUGUGAACUGUCAUAUGAAGUUGCUAGGAACAGUAGGGCAGCAGCAUUGUCUCUCCAGCCUUGCCUGGUGACCUAAGUUAGCCAUGGACUCAGAAUCUUCUUUCUUUAGCCUCCCGUGGGCUGGGAUUACAUGGGUAUACUCUCAUGCCCCUUCACAGAUCCCAAACACUAGUCUGUUAGAUGUGUCUUGAUAUAUCUUAUUUUCUUAAACGAGUCUUUUAAUUAUCACCGGCUACCACCUCUUGAUACAGCAAUAGUGAUGGGAAGUGCUAAGACAUGUGUAGUAGGCCUGGUUAUCAUCUCUGCUUGACUAAAUCAUUCACAAAAGGGGUUGUGUUCCUAAACAAGUGUAUUCUGUCUUUUAAAUUCUUUUUUUUCUUUUUUCUUUUUUUUGGAGCUGGGGACCGAACUCAAGGCCUUGCGCUUGCUAGGCGAGCGCUCUACGGCUGAGCUAAAUCCCCAACCCCAUAUUCUGUCUUUUGUCAUAGUCUGUUCACUAUGGUUAGUCUUGUUAAGUUAAACAUUCACAGUACUGUGGUCCAGUUACUCAGACCUGACCACCACAGUUAAAUGGAGACCAUGUACCAGUGUUGUGCACAUUACACAGUUAAAUUGCCAACCGAUGUUUACAUUAAUUGAAAGCUCACCCUGGGAGCAAGGAGGACUAUUGUUGUCUCCAUCAAAAUUCCAUGUCCUGGGUCAGGCUGACCACCUGACUCUGAAAGGGUGUAGAAGAAAAGGAAAACAAGCACCUAAGAGAAUUUAAAACAUUUUAUCAGGCUGGAGAGAGGAUUCAGCCAUUAAGAGUACAAACUGCUCUUGCAGAGGACCUGGGAUUGGUCCAAGCACACACAUUGGGCAGCUUACAACUGCCUGUAACUCCAGUUCUGCAAGACCCAACCCCUCUAGCCUUCACUAACACUCACAUGCACAUACCUAAAUACAGGCACACCAUAACUAAAAAAUAAUAAAACAGUUUAAGGAAUUUGUGAGUGGAGAAUAGCUACAAGGUAAGGUAUUUCCAACAGAUGUUACUGUUAUCUCAUCUACAGAGGGAAAAGGGGCCCAGAGCUCAUCCAUGGUGAGUUCAGUGGAAAACUCCAGCUGACUCCCUGACCCUUCUUAGCUGACUUCUGUUGGAGAUGUUUAUAAGCUCACAAACAUGGUGGGGCUCCUCUGACAAUGUGAUGUAUUACUCUCCCAACUGGGCCACUCCAGUCAUGUCUGCCAAGUGUUUUUAACACCCAAUUUGAUGUUUUCUUGUUUAUCUGCUGCUUCUGUCUGCUUACUUGAUAUUUGUUUUAAUUUUGCUCACUUUAUAUUUAAUAAACUCACUCAUUCAAAACCCAAAGUAUGGCAAUUAUAGGUCAUCUCCUGGGCUGUGCAGAACAGGCAGUGAGCCUCUGUGGUCAGGCUCUCCAAGUUUUCAGGGAAUAAAUUCAAACAUGGUCACAAUGUCAGGCAUCAAUUUCAUCAUAAAGAUGGGUCAGGACUGGGAAAAGCACAUGCAUAGUAGUCUUGUGGCUAGACUGUAGACCUCAGAUGCAAUUAGCUAGCUUACACUUGUUCUCAGUGGAUAUUUGACACUCUUUAGCCAAAGGAUCCUGUUAAAUACAUAUUAAAGCAUUUAUAAAAGGAAAUGGGGAGACAGAUAUGUGGGGUCAGAGGAUACUUUGUUGGGCUCAGUUUAUUCUUCCUACCUGGGGAUCAAACUUAGGGUUGCUAGGCUUAGCAGCAAGCACCUUUACCCUGUGAGCUACUUCUCUGGCCCUUUCUCAAAGGAUUCUACAAUUAAACAGCUCGAGCCUGGUGUGGCGUGGCCCACACUUUUAAUCCCAGUAUUCAGGAAUCUGAGGCAGGUGGAUGUCUGUCCAAGGCCAGCCUGGUCUGAGUGGCAGACUCUGAAGUCACUGACUUGCAGCAUUUAACUUUCACAAGAGCCAGCUGCAGUAAGCACAGUUACAAGCCUCAUUUCCUCAAAGGAGGAACCAGAGACAGGGGAUUAAUUCUCACUAUGCAGCAGCGCAUUAGAGCCAGCAGUGAAGCCCAGUAGUCUAGCUCAGAAGUCUGUGUUCCACAGCCCCUCAUCAAAGUUCACCGCCCACAGGGGGUGAGGGGGGACGAGGAGGGCUGGGUACCUUGUCAGACAAGAUGCUGCAAGCACUGGAGCAGCCACUCUCUGAAUCCAGCUACUCCCUCAGUGGCUGUCUGCUAUGUGAAGUGGGUCAGUCCCUUGGGGGUGAGUGUGUGGAGACUUUGCUCAAGUUGAAGCAAAGCCUGUGUUCUCUUGUGUGCAGCUGCUGACUCUCAAUUGCCCUGUUCUUGUUGGAGAGACAAGUGGAUGUGGUUGAAUAAAAACCAUCUUUGUGGAGCUGUGUGGUAUGAACACAGGCUAAAGCGUAUCAAACACUGAAGGACUUUGGGUCAGGAUGACUUUUCCCCUUUCUUUUCAUGUGUGUGCUGGGAUCACACCCAUAGCCUUGAGCUUGCAGGCAAAUACUAUACCACUGAACUAAAUUCCCAGCAAAGUGUGCUUCUGUAUGUAUCUCUUCCCUUGGAUUUGUAUGUUGAAAUCCUGUGCCUCAAGAGGAUGGCAUUAGAAGAAGGGAUCUUGUGGGGGCCGGUGUAUAUGUGACCAGUCAGCCUUCUGCAGCUGUGACUAAACACCUAAGAAAACAACUUAAAAAGAGGACAGGUUUGCACUGGUUCUUAUUCUUAGAGGUGUCGGUCCCACGGCUGCAAGGCUCCAUUGGCUUCAGGGCUGUGGUGAGAAAGAACACCGUGGUGGCAAGAACAUGUAGCCCAGGACAGGUAUGUGCCUCAAGAUGUCAGGAAGAGUGAGAUAGAAAAAGGUAGAAAGGGGUUGGGGAUUUAGCUCAGUGGUAGAGCGAGCGCUUGCCUAGCAAGCACAAAGCCCUAGGUUUGGUCCCCAGCUCUGAAAAAAAAAAAAAAAAAAAAAGAAAGAAAAAAAAAGAAAAAGGUAGAAAAAGGUAGAUAAAGAGGAAGAGGGAGAAGUUUUCAUAGACAUGUCCCCAGUGACCUACUCCUCCAAGCUGCCUUUAACUUAAAAUUUAAAAAAAUCCUUUACAUUAUUUCUUUUUUUUUUUUUUUUUUGGUUCUUUUUUUUGGAGCUGGGGACCGAACCCAGGGCCUUGCGCUUCCUAGGCAAGCGCUCUACCACUGAGCUAAAUCCCCAACCCCACAUUAUUUCUUUUGUGUGGGGGUGGGUGCACAUGUGUCUGGAGGCCACAGAACAGCUUGCCACAAUUAUCUCUCUUCUUUACUACAUGGGUCCUGGGAUUAAUCUUAGAUCACCAGGCUGGGUGCAAGGGCUAUUACCUGUUGAGCCCAGGUCCCAACUCUUUUUUUUUUUUUUUUUUAAAUUCAUUUAUUAUAUAUAGGUACACUGUAGCUCUCUUCAGAUACACCAGAAGAGGGCAUCGGAUCUCAUUACAGAUGGUUGUGAGCCACCAUGUGGUUGCUGGGAAUUGAACUCAGGACCUCUGGAAGAGCAGUGGGUGCUCUUAACUGCUGAGCCAUCUCUCCAGCCCCAGGCCCCUAACUCUUAAGAGCAUAUUCAGCUAUCUAUCGAUCAAGUUGGAGCUGUUAUAAUCCAAUCACUUCUCAAUAUCACCAUCAGCUGGGGAUCAGUGUUCAACACAUGAAGAAUUUUAGGGAGUAUGACAGUUUAUAAACAAACCAUAGUGAGGGAUGAUAGGGUUGAGGGCAGGGUUCUUAUGAAUGUGAUUUAUGGGUUUGUUGUUUUGUUUUCUAAGACAGUGUUUCACUAUGUAGCCCUGGCUGUCCUAAAACUCACUCUGUAGACCAGGCUGGCCUCAAACUCAUAGAGAUCCGAAUGCCUCUGCCUCCGGAAUCCUGGGAUUAAAGGCAUGUGUCACCACUGCCAGGCUGUGACUUGAGUUCUUAUAAAGUAGGUUUUAGGAAGCUCCUUGUCUUUUCUACCAUGUGUCUUUCUUAGCAGUAAGAAAAUGCCCAUGAAGGAAGUCAGUUGGACUAGAGUCUGAGGGUACCCUGAUUUUGGACUUACUUGCCUUCAGGAUUGUGAGAAAUUUCUGUUGUUUAUAAGCUCCCCAGUCUGAGGUGUUUUGUUAUUGCAUUCAGAGUGACCAAUUAUUUCAUCUUAUCAACAAAUAUUUACUGAAAGGGUCCUAUAUACCUGUAUUGGCUCAGGCAGGAGCCAUGAAGAUGUCACUGACUGAGGAUGAGGGAGGUGGCCAGAGAUGCUAACAUAGGUUUCCUUCAAAGUAUCCAAUAAUCCAAGGAUGCUGAGGUGCCAUGGUAGUGGAUUGUUGAGGCUUGGCGACAUAUAGAGGAUCUAAUACAUUAUCUAAUAUUUAGUGACAAAUACCUAAAAAUAGACCCAUCCUAAGAUGAAUAAAGACUUGUGGGUUCUCUAAAGAGUUGGGUUUUUGGAGUUGGGAGAAAUGGCUUAACGGUUCAGAGCACUUAUUGCUCUUCCAGAAGACUCGACUUUGGGCCCUAGCACCCUCACAAACACCUGCGACUUCAGUUCCAUGGGAUUCGACGUCUUUGGGUAUAGGUACCUGCACUCCUGUGCAAAUACAUACAUACACAAAAUUUAAAAUAAAAAAACAAAUGAAUUUCAUUAACUACGAUGGACUGCUAUCUUAAGGGAAUUAUAGUCCCUAUAGAAAAAAAGCCAAGUUUAGAAACAAAACACAGCAUUACAUUUGGCUCAAUACUAUCAAAGCUGCAGGGUAUGUUAAAUAAUCACACAUUUUGCUCACGUAAACCUUGAAUCUGCUGUUAAUGGCAUUUAUACAGCACAGGAAAAUAAGCAAAAUAUUUAACAGGUGAGUCUUGAUAAACCAGUAGAACUUGGGUAUAAGGGUAUGGGAGGUGUUCUGAAGUCUAACUCAGCAAAGCUUCAGAUACAGAAUGACACCAAGUGCUCAAACAUCUAGGGGCUGCAGGAAACAGAACUGAACUGAAGCAAAAUGGCCUAGAACCUUUAACUGCAACAUUAGAAAUAGAACACAUCAAUAAACUGCCCAAUACUCUUGCUUCAAAAUUCUUUUUAAAAUAUUUAUGUAUUUACUUAUCUGUCUAUGGACAUGAAUAUGUCACUGAGGACAUACGGAGGCCAGAGAAUGAUUGGCAGAAGCCUGUUCUCUACUUCUGUCACGUGGGUUCCAAGGACUCAGGCCAUCAGGCAUGGUGGCAAGCACCUUUACCUACUGAGCCAUCUGCCCAGGGUGGCCUUGAAUUCACUAUAUAGGUAUUACUUUCAAUGCCUCAUCCUUUUGCCUUCUCCUCUGAAGUGCUGAGACUGGAUGCACACACCACCAUGCCCAGCCUUUUUUCUUCCUUUUUAAAUACAACAGAGAUGCCAAGGUUUAGAUCAUCAAUAUGGGAACCAGAGGCAGGAAUGGGCUAUUCUACAGAUUUAGCCAAGGUGGCUAUGAAGCCAGCAUUGAAUUUAAAAAAAAAAAAACAAAAAACAACAACAACAAAAAAAGCAUGGUGGGACACUGAAUUAAGGAAUCUGGUUAUGGAUGAAGGAAGGCUGGCAACUGUGGUGACACAACUAGGGUCUGGAGGUCAGAGAAUAUUCUAGUUUUGAAGAUGUGAAAUGACUUUUGGUUGAGUUAUUACAUGGUAAGUUUUGGGAUUCCAACCUUUAUACAUUUAUUUAUUUUGUUGAGACUGUAACCCAGGCUGGCCUUGGUAAUUCUACAGUCUCGGCCUUUCAGAUACUUGAAUUUUAGAUGGGGAUUACUAUGCCUAGCUUUAGAAUCGGCAAUUCUCCAGUCUAAUUUGGAAGAACACAAGUGUAAGAGGGUACUCUGUCUCAAUCACCUAAGUAAAAAAUUCUUGAGCACAUCUGCGGGUGCUCCCAGAGGAAAGAUCAGUUGUCCCAGAAAGGAGUUGAAGCAGCUGUUUUAACUUCAAGAGACUGACAGGGUCUUGCAACUGAAGCACGAGGUGGUCUGAGUGGAGUCUACAUGGCUCCAUCUUAAGAACUGGGAGUCCAGAGCAUGUGCCAACACUACUUGGAUGGAAAGCUGCACAGAAAAGUCCUGUAGCUGAUCCGCUUUGCUCAGAAAGGUCUCCACCGAGAGUACAAUCCUUCCUAAAGCCAAUAGAAACUAAUGAGCCACAGCCCAAGGGCAAAUUUAGAUAAAAGUACCCGACUGUUGCUGAGCGGAGGACUAGAGGGGGCCUCGAGUAUGAUAGCUUAAGUGCCUACCAAAGAUUCUCGAGCCAGGAUUUGGUAGUGGUUUCACAUGACUUUAGAGAAAACAUUACUUAACCAUUCUCUCCUUCCCAGAUUCGUCUUUUCAUAAUGUGUUUGGAAGAGGCUAGAAAGACAGGAGAAGGUCCUCUCUAGCAGACAGCCUCUGCUGUUAUAAAGUCACCCAAAGUCCUCAGAUGUGGUCAACAGAGGCAGCCUGUACUGAAAGAGCAGUACAAUUUACGAACUUCCUAAAAACCGUAAGAGGCUAUAACUGUUACAUUCUAGUCUCGAACGAUAUCAGGUUCAAACUCACUUCCCCAUCUCAUGCUUUCUCGUACGAUUUUUCUUUUCAUUUUCGCUUUUUCCAACCCCAGAGCAACUGCACAUCUCUCUGGACUCGCUCUGCUCGUCUCUAGUGUUUCCGCCCUCGGGCGUCCAAGUGGGCGUGCACUUCCGGAGUCAGGAAGUGCGUCAUCAACUCGCGCUAGUUCCUGCACGUUGUGCCGGUUCGCUUAGGAUUUGGAUUCAGGCGUAUUCUGCUGGGCCGGCGUUCUGUGACUGCGUGCCGGACUCCGGCUUCUCUGCGCCGCGAUGCAGGUCUCCAGCCUCAACGAAGUGAAGAUUUACAGCCUCAGCUGCGGCAAGUCUCUCCCUGAGUGGCUUUCCGACAGGAAGAAGAGGGCACUGCAGAAGAAGGAUGUCGAUGUUCGUAGGAGAAUUGAACUUAUCCAGGACUUUGAAAUGCCUACUGUGUGUACUACUAUCAAGGUGUCGAAAGAUGGACAGUAUAUUUUAGCAACUGGAACAUAUAAGCCUCGAGUCCGGUGUUAUGACACCUAUCAGUUAUCCCUGAAAUUUGAAAGGUGCUUGGAUUCUGAAGUUGUCACCUUUGAGAUUUUAUCAGACGACUAUUCAAAGAUUGUCUUCUUACAUAACGACAGAUAUAUUGAAUUUCACUCACAAUCAGGAUUUUACUACAAAACCAGAAUUCCCAAGUUCGGCCGAGACUUCUCUUACCACUAUCCAUCCUGUGACUUGUACUUCGUAGGUGCAAGCUCUGAAGUUUAUAGAUUAAACUUAGAACAAGGGCGGUACCUGAAUCCUCUCCAGACGGAUGCUGCGGAGAACAAUGUUUGUGACAUAAACACAGUGCAUGGCUUGUUCGCCACAGGAACAAUAGAGGGUCGAGUGGAAUGCUGGGAUCCAAGAGUAAGAAAAAGGGUUGGUGUGUUAGACUGUGCAUUAAACAGUGUCACAGCAGAUUCAGAGAUAAACAGCUUACCCACCAUCUCUGCGUUGAAGUUUAAUGGAGCCUUGAGCAUGGCAGUUGGAACAUCCACAGGGCAGGUAUUGUUAUAUGAUCUUCGCUCAGAUAAGCCAUUGCUAGUUAAGGAUCACCAGUAUGGACUGCCCAUUAAGUCAGUUCAUUUCCAGGACUCACUAGAUUUGGUUUUGUCUGCAGACUCCAGAAUUGUCAAAAUGUGGAACAAGGACUCCGGGAAGAUAUUUACUUCGUUGGAGCCGGAACAUGACCUUAAUGAUGUUUGCCUCUAUCCCAGCUCAGGAAUGAUUCUUACUGCCAAUGAAUCCCCCAAGAUGGGCAUUUACUACAUUCCGGUUUUGGGUCCUGCCCCCAGGUGGUGUUCCUUCCUGGACAACUUGACAGAAGAAUUAGAAGAGAAUCCAGAGAGCACAGUGUAUGAUGAUUACAAAUUUGUCACCAAGAAAGACCUUGAAAAUUUAGGGCUCACACAUCUCAUUGGAUCACCUUUCCUCCGAGCAUAUAUGCAUGGGUUUUUCAUGGAUAUCAGACUCUACCACAAGGUGAAAUUGAUGGUCAAUCCAUUUGCUUAUGAAGAAUAUAGGAAAGAUAAAAUUCGACAGAAAAUAGAAGAAACACGUGCACAGAGAGUCCAGUUAAAGAAACUUCCAAAAGUUAACAAAGAACUGGCACUUAAAUUAAUUGAAGAGGAAGAGGAGAAGCAGAAAUCGACACUGAAAAAGAAAGUUAAGAGCCUCCCUAAUAUCCUCACGGACGAUCGAUUUAAAGUUAUGUUUGAGAACCCCGACUUCCAGGUGGAUGAAGACAGUGAAGAGUUCAGGCUUCUCAAUCCACUUGUCUCGAGGAUUAGUGAGAAGAGGAAGAAGCAGCUGAGACUCUUGGAGCAGCAGGAGCAGCUCAAGAAUGAAGAGGAGGAAGAACCGGAAGGAAAACCCAGUGAUGCAGAAAGUUCAGAGAGUUCAGAUGAUGAAAAAGAUUGGGUUGAAGAAGUCAGGAAGCAACGCAGACUCCUGCAGCAGGAAGAAAGAGUGAAGCGGCAGGAGCAACUGAAGGAGGACCAACAGACAGUCCUGAAGCCCCAGUUCUACGAGAUCAAAGCAGGCGAAGAGUUCAGGAGCUUCAAAGAGUCCGCCACCAAGCAGAAACUGAUGAACAAAACUCUGGAAGAUCGCUUGAAACUUGAAGCAAAACAUGGGACCUUGAGUGUGUCAGACACCACUGUUGGCAGCAAGCAGUUGACAUUUACUCUCAAGAGGUCUGAACAGCAAAAGAAGCAACAAGAGGCUGAGAAACUGCAUCGUCAGGAAAGGAAAAAGCUGCGUAGGUCUGCCAGCCACCUGAGGUCCAGACCCAGAAGAGGCCGGCCCUUUCACUGACCAAAGGAGUGAGCCUACAAACAACUUGGAAACUGUUUCUCCCCAUGGAUUCUCACAAGGGCAUCACACCCAGACGAGGGAGUGUGGUAGUUAAAACUACACGUAGAUGUGUGUGUGUGCAUGGUGCUGGUGGUCUGACCGGCCCACUACCCGGCUCCAGUAGUCCCUGGCUCCGGGAGCUUUUUCCAAGUCACUGCCCUUUUGAAUAUUGUCUUCUCUCCUGCUGAUGAUCAGAGAAAGCAGUCAUCAUUUCUAAUAUUGGAAAGGUCUACAUAAAAUGAAAAGUUUUAUUUCUGCUGGAAACAACGGAUUAUCAUGUUAUAAGAAUGGUUUGGUUUUUUGGUUUGGUUGGUUGGUUGGUUGGUUUGAGACAGGGUUUCUCUAUGUAGCCUUGAGUGUCCUGGAACUCAUAAAGAUCCACGUGCCUCUGCCUCCUAAGUGCUGAAGUUAAAGGGAGGCACCACCAUGCCAGCCAGAAAGUCUGUCCUCACUGUCUUCUGCCCCUCAGGACUGAGUGAAGUCCUGCCCUUAUUUGCCCGGUAUCUGCUGAUUGGCCCUGUCUGUGUGCAUGAGUAUGUUUGCAGGCUUACUUGCUUGCUUUUGUAUUCCUUUGGUAUACUGUUUAAACUAUUUUUAUAUCAAGAGUGUAAAUCAAUGGUAAUAAAUAAUAAGUGAACUCUA